AUGGAAUCCCUAUCCGCCAUCGAGCAGUAUGCAGACCAGAUCUCGCGCAGUGCAAAGACACUGAGCGAUUAUCUGCGAGCCAACAACCAGCCCCAGCCGUCGUUCGAACGAGAUGCACCAACGUCGACGCUACCUACCUCAGCCCCUGAGGAUAUUGCACUGGCGCGUAGAGAUCUGACUGAGGCAUCGUUCAAAAUCUUCCAGCUUGCCGUCGGGCCGAGCGAGUUUUUGCCACAUCUGACUGCCAAUUUCCAUGUGCUCUUUGCUCUUCGGUGGUUGUGCCACUUCCAAAUUUUCUCCCUGGUGCCUCUACAUGGCUCCAUCUCCUACGCUGACCUGGCGGCCGAGGCCAAGGUUUCUGAACCCAGGCUGAAGAGCGUGGCUCGCAUGGCCAUGACCAACAAUCUGUUCAGCGAGCCCACUGCCGACACCAUUGCUCACAGCGCCAUCUCAGCACUGUUGGUGACCAACCCCAACUUCUUUGACUGGGCCCGCUUCAUGACGGAAGCCUCCAUACCAACAGCGGCCAAGCUGGUGGAGGCCUGUGAGCGAUGGCCUGACAGCGUGAAGAAAAACGAGACCGCCUACAACAUUGCUUUCGACCACCAUCUACCCUUUUUUGAUCACUUAGCGCAGGAUCCUGAACGCACGCGCCAGUUCUCCGGCUACAUGAAGAGUGUCACCAACAGCGAAGGAACUGAUCUGAAGCACCUCGUGGCCGGCUUUGACUGGGCGAAGUUGGGAAAAGCGACCAUCGUCGAUGUUGGCGGUUCAACCGGUCAUUCUAGCGUCGAACUGGCCAAGGCCUAUCCAGACCUCGAUUUUGUUGUCCAAGAUCUCCCCGAGGUCGUAUCCAACGGACCGGAAGCGCUACAGUCGCAGGGGCUGGUCGAAUCGGUUACGAACCGUAUCCGGUUUCAGGAGCACAGCUUCUUUGAGCCGGAGCCUCUCCACGGCGCCGAUGUAUACCUCUUGCGCAUGAUCCUGCACGACUGGCCGGAAAACGAAGCGCUGUCGAUAGUAUCAAACCUAAUCCCAGCUCUGAAAGGGGGUUCGCGCAUCAUUAUCAUGGACACAGUGCUACCGGCUUCGGGACAGAUCCCGGCCGUCCAGGAACGUCUACUGCGUGUUCGUGAUCUCACCAUGCUACAAGUCUUCAACAGCCUGGAGCGCGCCACCGAAGACUGGACAUCUCUUUUCAAACGCGCGGACCCACGACUGAAGCUGAAGUCAUCGGUCCAGCCGCUCGGUAGCACCAUGAACGUGCUCGAGGUUGUCCUUGAGGACGAGCAACAAGAGAUUGAUCAGUCGUCCUCUGAGCAGGUCGCCGAGCCCACGACCGCGUCGGAGGGGUCUCUGGAGUUGCUCAGCACGACUCCAGUCCAUAUCAGGGCCGAAUUGUAA